AUGAUAAAGUUUGGUUUCCUGAUGUUUUUCAUUGUGGUCACCAGAAAUUGCAGUUCAGGGAACCUGGACACCAACAGCUGGGCCAAUCCUGUGUCUUCCUCUCUGUUCAGAAGCUGCAAGGAAAUCAAGCAGGAGUUCACUGGGGCACGAGAUGGCCUCUACUUCCUCCGCACGAAGAAUGGAGCCAUCUACCAGACCUUCUGUGACAUGACCACUGCUGGUGGUGGAUGGACCCUGGUGGCCAGUGUGCACGAGAACAACAUGGGUGGGAAGUGCACAGUGGGCGAUCGCUGGUCCACUCAACAAGGCAACAGAGCAGACUACCCAGAGGGGGAUGGCAACUGGGCCAACUACAACACCUUUGGGACUGCAGAGGGGGCCACAAGUGAUGACUACAAGAACCCUGGCUACUUCGACAUCCAGGCUGAGAACCUGGGCAUCUGGCAUGUGCCCAACAAUAGCCCCCUGAAAAAUUGGAGGAACAGCUCCCUGCUGAGGUACCGCACCUAUAGUGGCUUCCUACAGAACAUGAGUCAUAAUCUGUUCGGCCUGUACCAGAAGUACCCAGUGAAAAAUAAUGGAGGGAAGUGUUCUACUGAUAAUGGUCCAGCGAUACCUGUGCUCUAUGACUUCGGUGAUGCUCAGAAGACAUCCUCUUAUUACUCCCCCAGUGGCCAGAAUGAAUUCACUGCAGGAUAUGUCCAAUUCAGAGUGUUUAAUAAUGACGGAGCAGCCAACGCCUUGUGUGCUGGGAUGAAGGUCACUGGAUGUAACACCAAGUUUCACUGCAUUGGUGGAGGAGGAUACUUCCCAGAAGGUGAUCCCUUGCAGUGUAGUGACUUCUCUGCAUUUGAUUGGAAUGGAUACGGAACUCACAGUGGGUACAGCAGUAGCCGGGAGAUAACUGAAGCAGCCGUGCUUCUGUUCUAUCGUUGA